UGCACUUGAUGGUGUGGUGUCACGCGGAUGUUUUGAUCGACAAUGGAUGCGAUGAGCAUGGUGCAGAGUUUUCGAGUGGUCGACCUCCGUGCCCUUUUCCUCGCCCUAGGCAAGGACAGGAAGGGCUUGAAGAAAGAUUUGAUUCGUCGUGCCAUUCAGCUCAUUGAAAAUGAAAGCAGCCAAGAGCUGAUUACAAAAAUAUAUGAUAUAUACAACUCUCGCCACCAGCCACAAGCUGUUUCAAGCAGCUACUGGAACAUUGGCAACAACAUCAAUACCCUCUCUUCUCGAGAGUCUGAUAUCAAACUAAAGGCAUACCCAUUCCAUGAAACCUUGGGCACACUCAUCGAUCUUCAACCUUUAAGGCCUAAGAAUCUACUGCAGAACUUGCAGCUGCAAUUAUUUACAUUAAUUUUAAGUGAAGAGCAACGCAAGCAACUGAUCAAACUGCGUUCCUCUGGAGGAGAAGUUCAGAUAGUGAUCAGGAUCUGCUACACAGAGAGUGUGGGAGUGGAGGAUGACCAGUAUCCUUCAAACCUUAUAAUCGCCAUGAAUCACAUCUCCAGCCCGCCAGCCAUUAAGAUUCAAGUCAGAAAACUAGGAGAGGAACCUAUGCGACCCUGUCCUCCCAUCAACAUCACAUCACAUCUUGACUUAAACAAAGCCAGUCAUGUAGGGUACAUACUCUGGUAUAAUACUUUUAAGUCCUACUCCUUUGCUGUGUAUCUGGUGAGGGUCUUGAGUGUGGAGGAGCUGGUGGCUCAACUCAGGAAGAGCUCAGUGGAGAGUGUUGAGAGCUGUCGCACUGGCAUUCGUGAAAAGAUGAUCACAGGACAGGACAGUGAGGUUGCCACCACUGGCCUACGGGUAUCUUUGCUGUGCCCACUGGUGAAGACGCGCCUGAGGGUGCCAUGCAGGGGCUUUGCCUGUGCCCAUCUCCAGUGCUUCGAUGCCCUCACCUACCUGGAGCUCAACCGCCAGAAGCCUACCUGGUUGUGCCCUGUGUGUGACAGGCACUCCCCCUUCAGCCAUCUUCGCAUUGACGGCUUGCUGUCAUCAAUCCUGGUGACUGCGGAGGAGUCCGUUGAGGAGAUUGAGUUCUUGGAGGACGGUUCUUGGUGCUCUGGGAAAGAUCAACAUGGCAAUGCACACAGAACCGACCUUAGUGUGUCUUCAUUGGCUAGCUUUCCUGAAGGAGAAGUUAUAGACCUGACACAGGAUUCAGAUGAAGAAUUCUGAUAUAUUUAAUUUUUCUGAGAAACAUGUGGUGGCUAGACAGACAUUUCUGUGUUUUGUGCUUGUUUUCUUUUACGUGUGUAUGUUUACAGUAGGCCUACACAUGAGCUGGUCCGUUAUUGUAUGAAAUUGCUCAAAUUCACUCUAGCCGUUAUCAAUGACUGUUAUGUUACACCAAACCGGUGAAUAAAGAUUAUAUAUUUUAAUGUA